ACCUCUCCCAUUCACUCAGAAAGAAAAAUCUUCGGAAUAGUGUGACGUUAUGACCUCUCCUCCCAGGUCCGUAGUUCAGGAUUUCUUUCUGCAGGGAGAAUAUGGAAGAGAAAAAGAUCCUCUGCAUUGGUUUGGUGUGUCUGGAUAUCAUAAAUGUUGUGGAUAAAUACCCGGAAGAAGAUACUGAUACCAGAUGCGUGUCUCAGAGAUGGCAGAGAGGAGGAAACGCAUCAAACACGUGCACUGUUUUGUCUCUUCUCGGGGCCCCUUGUGCAUUUAUGGGGUCUUUGGCUCCUGGACCAGUCGCUGACUUCAUCUUGAAUGACUUUCAAAUGUACAAGAUUGACAUCUCUCUUCUUCUGGAGCAUGCUGAAUGCUCCUUUCCAGCCUCUGUAGUAAUCAGCAGUGUGACCACAGGAAGCCGUACAAUUCUACAUAUGAACAGAAACUUGCCAGAUGUUUCUGUAGAAGAUUUUUCAAAGGUUGAUCUGAGCCAAUACAAGUGGGUCCACUGGGAGGGCCGUAAUGCUGACGAACAAGUGAAGAUGAUUGACAGGGUGAGAGAGUACAACAAAAAACAAGACGAGAAGAACAGAAUCACCAUCUCUGUGGAAAUCGAGAAGACCAGAGAGCCGCUCUAUCAGCUUUUCCCUCUGGGUGAUUUGGUCUUUGUUAGUAAGGAUGUGGCCCAACACUUUGGUUUCGACUCAGCCGCUGCAGCACUGAAGGGUUUCAGUGGUCGACUGAAGAAGGGUGCCACCCUCAUUUGUGCCUGGGCGGAAAAGGGAGCUGAUGCCAUGGGUCCUGACGGUGUGAUCAUUCAUUCAGAUGCAUUUCCACCAGAGAAGCUUGUGGACACACUUGGAGCAGGCGAUACCUUCAAUGCUUCUGUGCUCUAUUCACUUUCAAAGGGAGGCAGCCUACAGGAUGCUCUCACAUUUGGCUGCCAGAUUGCGGGGAAAAAAUGUGGCGUCCACGGAUAUGAUGGAAUUUUACACUGAACAUGCCGAAGUGGCGCACAGCUGGAAUCUAGUGGAGACAUACAUAUAGCGUGCCGAUAAACUUAACUAGAGUUGUAAUAAGUCACUAGUCAUUGUCAAGGCAUGGUGGCAGUGCUAAAUAGUGUUGUUUCACAUAAUAAUGAUAAUUUAAAUACAAAGGAUAUGUUUAAAUAAUGAAGGUAUAUUGUACUAAUGUUACUCUGCAUAAUUUAGAUUAAAUUAAUUGAAGGAGA